AUGGACUUGACUUCUGGAAAGGUUUUCUUACCUGGAAUUAUUCCUAGAGAUGAUUUAGUUGUUGACCCCAGAACUGGCUUGACAGAAUCUGUUGCUUACUGUUCUCAGUCAGCCUGGUUGUUGAAUGAUACCAUUAGAAACAAUAUUACUUUUGCGACCCCAUUUAAUCAAGAUCGUUACGAUAAAGUUGUCGAAGCUUGUGGUUUGACUCGUGACCUUGAAAUAUUGACUGCUGGUGAUCGAACAGAGAUUGGUGAAAAGGGUAUUGCCUUGUCUGGUGGCCAGAAACAAAGAGUGUCUUUGGCCAGAGCUUUGUACUCCAACUCGAGACACUUGUUUGUUGGACGACUGUUUUAUCCGCUGUGGACUCGCAUACUGCGUUAUGGAUUUAUGAAAACCUGCAUUUCGGGACCUUUGAUGGCAAACAGAACCUGUAUUUUAGGUGUCGCAUAA